UUCUGAUGAAAUAUCAUAUUUUGUGGUGCCAUGGAAGCAGAAAUUUAGAAAGAAUAUGCAAAGAUGACGACAAAAGAAUAUUUUUGUUGAUUGUUUGAUUGGUUUCUCAAGAUCUAACAUGUCCAAGUUAGCUUUCAAGCCAUUCGUUGAUUUUCCACUUACCCUUGUGACGUCACUGAAUGGAGUAUAUCCGGGUCCUUUUCUGAUGAAAUACCGCAGGUUGGUGGUGUCAUGAGCCAGCCGGACUAAAAUAUCAACAAAGAAAGUGGCUCGAUUCGCCAAAACGAAAAUGUUGCCCUAGCAAGAUCUGCAGAUGAUUCCUGAUGGUUUCGAACUAUGAAUUUAGUUUGUUAACAGUGACUUUACUUCGAAAAUGGAAUCCUUUAUCCAUUUGUUUGAAACACCAUCAGGAAGUGGGACCCAAACUACCCGGGCAUCUAUGCCAGAGUGCCUGCCUCCAGAGGUCGAAGAAGGAAAUGUAGAAUAUAAGCUGAAGCUUGUAAACCCUUCUCCUUCUCGCCUUGAGCACUUAGUCACACAAAUGAAGUGGCGUCUUCAGGAAGGUGAAGGAGAAGCAAUUUACGAGAUUGGUGUGGAGGACAACGGCAUGUUUGUUGGUCUCACAAGAGAAGAGCUGGACUCUUCCCUCAGUACACUCAAUGUCAUGGCAUCAAAAUUAGGAGCUCACACUACCUUGCUGCGACGCCAUGUGGUGGAAAAUAUCUUUAAUGGUCCCAGUAGGCAGGUGGCAGAAGUCCUUGUCCGGCGCGUGCCAGAUGAUCAACAAUUCAUUGACAUAAGACUUGCAGUGCUGGGAAAUGUUGACGCUGGAAAGAGCACAUUACUGGGUGUCUUGACCCAUGAUGAAUUGGACAAUGGUCGUGGACGGGCAAGGUUGAACCUUUUCAGACAUCUGCAUGAAAUUCAAACUGGAAGAACAUCGAGUAUCAGCCAUGAAAUACUGGGAUUUAACAGCAAAGGAGAGGUUAUCAACUACAGUGAAUCGCGGACAGCAGAGGACAUUUGUGAACAGUCAUCUAAGCUGAUAACUUUUAUCGAUCUUGCUGGACACCACAAGUACCUGAGAACAACAAUAUUUGGUUUAACUGGCCAUUCCCCAGAUUUUGCUAUGUUGGUAAUUGCCGCAAAUGCUGGUAUUGUGGGAACUACUAAAGAACAUUUAGGCCUGGCCAUGGCUCUGAAAGUACCAACCUUCGUCAUAGUAAACAAGACAGACAUCUGUUUACCAGCAAUGGUAGAACGAACCCUGAGAGUACUUGAUCGACUUCUAAAAUCUCCUGGCUGUAAUAAAGUACCAGUUGUUGUCAGAACAGAAGAUGAUGUGAUAGUUGCUGCUACUAACUUCACCUCUAAUCAGGUAACACCGGUGUUCACUGUGUCCUGUGUAACAGGAGAGAAUCUGAAUCUUGUCCGGAAAUUCUUGAAUCUUGUGCCUCCAGCUCGAUCACCCAUGGAUCAGGAGAAACUAGCUCAAGAAUGUACCGAAUAUCAGGUUGAUGAAAUAUUCAAUGUUCCAGGUACUGGUCCUGUUGUUGGUGGCACUUUGGAGAGGGGUGUUCUUCGUGAAGGAGAUCAACUGCUCUUAGGUCCCUCUAUUGACGGACACUUUCAGCCAGUGACUGUGACAUCAGUGAAGAGAAACCGAGCUGCUUGCCGUGUGGUCCGUGCAGGCCAAGCUGCCUCUGUGGCUAUCAGUGGAAUUGAUAGGAGUUUACUAAGACGAGGCAUGGUUCUCACAGAUCCAGUUCAAAAACCUCGCUCCUGCUUGGGAUUCUGGGCAGAUGUGUUUCUUCUGUUCCAUACUACAUCAAUAAGCAAGCGUUUCCAGGCAACUGUGUACAUAGGAAAUGUUAUUCAGACAGCAGUUAUUGAGGAGAUGAACAAGGAGUCCUUGAGGACUGGCCAGAGAGCAAAAGUUCGAUUCAGAUUCAUCAAACAACCCGAGUACAUUCGCCCAGGAUCAAGGAUCUUCUUUAGGGAGGGGCAUACUAAGGGAGUUGGGCAGGUCCAGAGUGUGAUUAAAUACAGUCAUGACACUGAUAGAUAGCACUGAUACACACAAAUGAUCAUGGGAGUGGUUACCAGUCCUCGCUCUGUUGAUUUGGUUGAGUGAAAAUGACACCGAUAGAUAGGACUGAUAUGCACAAAGGAUGGUGGGAGUGAUUACCAGUCCUCGUUCUGUUGGUUUCGUUGAAGGAAAAUGUUUGCGUUUUGGACAGACAGUGCCUAGGCUCCUCGCUGGUUAUCUGAAGUGACAUCUGGUCGAGGGAAUGAAAUCGCGCGCGGUUAAGGUCUCGUUUGGAGGAAGUUUUAAGUAUUUUUUAAAGCAGGAGUGGCAAAGAUAUUUUAUGCAUGGGUGUUGGAAUGACUAGCAAGGCUCACUUGCAAAGCAAACCCUAAGAGAAGUGGUUUGACCUUGUGGAAACUAAGGACAAGACUGCUAAAAACGCUGGUCAUCAAGAAGAGACUUUAACUUACAGUUCACUUAUACUGUGUUGCCCAGUCAUACCAAAUAUUGCAUUUGUCUGAAAGCUGCAAAAAUAUUUCGUGCGUAGAGACGUUUCACCGAACCUGACUGACUGAAUUGGAAGUUACUAAACUUAAUGACAACUGGAGGGGAUGGGAGUGGGGGCUUUUUUUUUUCUGUAAUUUUCAGACCAGUGUGAAUGGUUGGUGUGAAUGAGUUGCAUUUUAAAGAACGUUCGUAAAAAGUGUUGGAAAUCAGUAACUUAUGGUCAUUACAGAGGUUUUUGUAGACUGAAAAUAUUUUCCGAUUUUAUAAGACCCCUACUUACUGGAGCAAGCCGUGAAACAACAUUCAUAGAACUCAGUGGGAUACAAAUAACGUGGGGUUACGUAAUGGUUAUUAGGUGGAUUGUGUUGGAUAAGCUGAAAUAUCAGCUGGUACCAGAAAAAUUAAUAAGUACCUUGCAGCAACCCGACGAUGGUUUUAAAUUUUUACCAUGUAUACACACAAUUUUGUGGUUUUAACAAGUUUUAAUUUUCCUGUAAAUAUAUAAACUAAUUAAGUAUCGACUCUGGCCGAAGUCUUUAUACGGAAGUUUUAAGAAUCCAUUGAUGCCGAACUGGCUUUACCAGAAGAAUUAAAUUUGGGCUGCCUUAAA